AUGGAUUUGUCUCAGAAGCUAUUUAACAUUUAUAAAUCGUCUACAAUCCCUCAAAUAGAUCUCAAUACCUUAAGAACAGUAGUGGCAAACUACUUCUAUUUGAAUGGAAAGAUCAAUGGCGAUAAGUUAGAUAUUUAUAACAGUUUGAAAGUUGAAUCCCAAACUGUGGUUAAAGAGUUGAUAAUAACUAACAUUUCGAUACGAUCUAGUUAUAGCAGUGUUCAUCUGGAUAUUCUAAUCAUACGAAAUCGUGUAAAUGGGGAUAGUGAUACUGAGGGUAACAAUCGAAUCAAGGAACAGAGCAUCAAUGAUUAUCAAGCCAAUGAUAUAAUGAUAAUGAUAAGUUCAAGUUAUACUAAAAUAUUACUACAAUUAAUCGACCAAUGCAACAAAUCAAUAAUCAGAACAGCCAACCCAUCAAUACUCAAAACCAUAAAUCUUCUUCUUUCAGACACCACAGAAGAGGAUUUGAAAAAAAUAGGUAAUGUUGAAUUGGUAUUUGAAACUCCAUCAAAACAUUUGUCAACCAUAGCUAUAAAUAUUCCCACAAAGGACCUAUCCCAAUUGUCUGAUAAGAAAACCGAAGAUUUCAACAAUGACAUGGAAACAUCGUUGAUUGAGUCAGAUAACUCACAAUUCAUAAAUAAUCUUUACUUGUUCAUGCAUGAAUCAACGAAAUUAAAUUUUAGACAUUUGAGAUUGAUCAAAUUUCUUUCCAACGGGGUGUACCUUUCUCCAUCCAGAGUCAAAAUCAUAAACUUUGAUGAUAUGACAGUUCUAAGUAAGCUUUACCAGUCUGUUAAUGACCUUUGA